AUGCUGCGCUGCGCGCGUUGCUCUGGCGGGCGCCUGCUGGGGACGUACCAGCGAAUCGCAUGGCGCAAAACGCCCCAGGGCUGUCGGCUCUGGGCGAGAGAACUGCGGCCCGCCGUGAGAGGACUAGCAGCGCAGGGUGAUCCCCCGAGCUCGGCAGAAGAGGCAAACGAAGCGUCUCCGACGCUGAGCACCGAGGAGCUGGCGCUUAUCAUACCUCCGCGCAACUUCAUUCAGGCCUUGCGGGUGGCUUCCUCGCAACCGCAGGAGCUACGGAAAGCUUUCGACCGCCUUGAUAUCGACGAGUCGGGCACGCUUUGCUUCGCGGAGCUUCGCGCAUUGAUCGCCGAGGUCAAGGGCCGCCACGCCACAGACGAGGAGCUCGAUCGUGCAGUCGGAGCUCUUCUUGAGAGGUAUGAUCGGGGUAAGGACGGUGCGCUGAGCUUCAAGGAGUUCGAAGAGGCCGUCCUCUCCAUCGCCUCCCCGGUAGAUCGAAGAGCGUAUGCCCUGGCUGCAGCAAUAGGCAUAGCCUUUGCUGGCUUUUCCGUCACCUUUCCGAUGGGUCCAACGUUGAUCCAGACUUUUGGGAUGUCGCAGCUGCAGUUUGGAACGCUGACGACAGCUUUCGCCAUUGCAAAGCUUUGUGGGAACAUUCCGUCGUCAAUCCUAUCAGAGGCCUAUGGACGCAAGCCGCUGUUAGUUGGCGGCUUGCUCUCGAUUGCCACAGGUAUCGCAGGGGUGGCUUUUGCGAGCUGCUAUGAGCAGCUCAUGGUGCUGAGGCUGGCCGUGGGCCUUGGCGUUGCCUCGACCUUCACCUCGGCAGGCAUGUACGUUACGGACAUCUCCCACCCGCUGAAUUCGGCACGUACCCGGGCUCCGAUGCAGAUGGGCAUGUCUGCGGGCUUGCUCUGCGGGCCGGCGCUUGGAGGUUACCUCCUGGAGCACGUGGGCCUUUACUCGAUGACUCUGGGGGUCGGCGCUGCCUCCUUGGCCACGGCCACGGCAGUGUUCGCCACGCUUCCGGAGACUCAUCGGGGUUACCGAGACAAGAGGCCUCUGAGAGGCGUCGGAGACACCCUGCGGUCCUGGUCCCCGAUACUUCGUGGGCAGCAGUUCCGGUCAAUCCUGUCCUUUGGCUGGUGCUACAACGCCGCCUUCUGGGGCGCCAUGGCCCUCCUCCCUCUGGUCUACGUGGAUCUCUCCUUGAGCCCCUCUGUGGUGGGCGGCCUCUCCACCUUCAACGCCAUCGUCAGCCUGGCUGUGACGCCGGUGGUUGCACGAAGUGCAGAUCACCUCGGCAAGAUGGCUGUGGUCUUACCGGGAGCCGUCGUGUACGGUGCCGGACUGAUUCUCGUCCCACAGAUCUCCUCCUUGCUGGAGUUGCUGCCCGUGCUUGCAGCGAUGCAAGUGGGCGCCUGCAUGUGUGCGCAGGCACAGAUGCAUGCAAUGGACCUGGCGCCGGUUAAAGACCGCGCAAAGGUGCCAAGUCUGUGGAAUACCUUUGGCGACACAGGAAUGCUUUUCUCCUCCUUCACUUCAUCAGUGCUCGCCGAGGCCUUUGGCCUGGGUAGCGCUUUCUAUGCGGACGGUGUGCUGCUCCUCGUUGCCAGUGGCGGCAUGUUCAUCAUGAGUCGCCGCUGA